AACCAUCCGUCCCUGUCUCCUGUCCUCCUCAGUAACCAUCCGUCCCUCUCUUCUCUCCUCCUCAGUAACCAUCCGUCCCUCUCUCCUCUCCUCCUCAGAUACGUAGUGAACAUGACAGCCAUAAACACGGCCAACAUCAACUUCAAAUGGGACCCAAAGAGCCUGGAGAUCCGCACCCUGGCUGUGGAGAGGCUGCUGGAGCCCUUGGUCACGCAGGUCAGAAUACAUACAUUUUAACAAUACGUCAGGGAUGCAAACUCGUCACUUGACUUUUUCCACAUUUUGAUACGUUACAGCCUUAUUCAAAUUUAUAUUUUUUUAUUUUUUUAUCCCUCAUCAAUCUACACACAAUAACCCAUAAUGAGAAAGCGAAAACAGGUUUUUAGAAUUUAUUUGCAAAAAAACGGAUAUCUUAUUUACAUAAGUAUUCAGAACCUUUGCUACUAUAAUCAGAAUUGAGCUCAGGUGCAUCCUGUUUCCAUUGAUCAUCCUUGAGAUGUUUCUUCAACUUGAUUGGAGUCCACCUGUGGUAAAUUAAAUUGAUUGGAUAUGAUUUGGAAAGGCACACACCUGUCUAUAUAAGGUCCCACAGUUGACAGUGCAUGUCAGAGCAAAAACCAAGCCAUGAGGUCGAAGGAAUUUUCCGUAGAGCUCCGAGACAGGAUUGUGUUGAGGCACAGAUCUGGGAAAGGGUACCAAAAAAUAUCUGCAGCAUUGAAGGUCCCCAAGAACACAGUGGCCUCCAUCAUUCUUAAAUGGAAGAAGUUUGGAACCACCAAGACUCUUGCUAGAGCUGGCCGCCCGGCCAAACUUAACAAUCGGGGGAGAAGGGCCUUGUUCGGGGAGGUGACCAAGAACCCGAUGGUCACUCUGACAGAGCUCUAGAGUUCCUCUGUGGAGAUGGGAGAACCUUCCAGAAACACAACCAUCUCUGAAGCACUCCACCAAUCAGGCCUUUAUGGUAGAGUGGCCAGACAGAAGCCAAAGGCACAUGACAGACCGCUUGGAGGAAACCAGGCACCGCUCAUCACCUGACCAAUACCAUCCCUACAGUGAAGCGUGGUGUUGGUAGCAUCAUGCUGUGGGGAUGUUUUUCAGCGGCAGGGACUGGGAGACUAGUCAGGAUCGAGGGAAAGAUGAAUGGAGCAAAGUAGAGAGAGAUCCUUGAUGAAAACCUGCUCCAGAGUGCUCAGGACCUCAGACUGGGUUGACGGUUCACCUUCCAACAGGACCACGACCCUAAGCACACAGCCAAGACAACGCAGGAGUGGCUUCGGGACAAGUCUCCAAAUCUCCUUGAGUGGCCCAGCCAGAGCCCGGACUUGAGCCCGAUCGAACAUCUCUGGAGAGACCAGAAAAUAGCUGUGCAGCGACGCUCCCCAUCCAACCUGACAGAGCUUGAGAGGAACUGCAGAGAAGAAUGGGAGAAACUACCCAAAUACAGGUGUGCCAAGCUUGUAACGCCAUACCCAAGAAGACUUGAGGCUGUAAUCGCUGCCGAAGGUGCUUCAACAACGUACUGAGAGAGGGUCUGAAUACUUAUGUAAAUGUGAUAUUUCCGUUUUUUAUUUUCGAAACAUUUGCAAAAUAUUCUACACACCCGUGUUUGCUUUGUCAUUAUGGGGUAUUGUGUGUAGAUUGAUGAGGGGGAAAAAACAAUUUAAUCAAUUUUAGAAUAAGGCUGUAACGUAACAAAAUUUGGAAAAAGUCAAGGGGUCUGAAUAUUUUCCGACUAUGCUGUACAUUUUGAUAGAGCAAUAAUGCAUGCAUUUUCAUAUAAUACAUACGUUUGAUAUAUAUAUUUAUUUAUUUAUUUAUUUUUAGAACUGGUGGUUAUACAUUCAUGAUGGUUUUGAUUGAUACAUUGAUAUCUAGCCCUAAUGGCUUGGAAGACACUAGCUACUUCUACUGUUUUUAGUAUGGAAUCAAAGACGAGGCAAGUUGGCUAGCUAUGGCUGUAGAUAGUUUUAGAUGAUCUUUAGUCCGUGACUUUCAGAAGCAGCGUAUAAUGUGCAUCUCUCGUCCUGCUCCUAAAGGUCACGACCCUGGUGAACUCCAGCAACAAGGGGCCGUCCAAUAAGAAGAAGGGACGCUCUAAGAAGGCCCAUGUAUUGGCUGCCUCGGUGGAGACCGCCACCUUGAACUUCCUGGAUAAAGGGGAGAAGAUCGCCAAGGAGAGCCAGUUCCUCAAGGACGAGCUCACUGCUGCCGUGGAGGAUGUCCGCAAGCAAGGUACCGUUCAGCCACUGCUGGCCUUGAAACCCUUUUACUCGGUGCUUUGGGCCAAGCAAACC